CUCUCUCUUUCCCCUUUUCUCCCCUUUCAUUUUUCUAUUUCCUUUCCUUGUUCUCUCUCAGUCUCCUUCUUUCUUUUAUUUUAUAUAUAUAUUUUUGAUCUUCUUCCACUUCCCUAUGGAAUUGGUUAAUGCUUAUACAACUGCAACAGAUUUACCACCAUUAUCUCCUCAAGAAACUUCAUUAGACGAUCUUCCUUUUACAGAUGAAGAAUUCACUGAAGCUGACGUUCUCCCUUUUUUGUUACAAGCUCAAGAUAUAAUUGCAAAAUUGGAAUCAAGAGUUGUAGAAUUAGAAACUGAUCUUUCUUCUAUUCAUCGUAAAUAUGAACAUGAUAGGCAUGACUGGCUUGUUGGUCUCUCUCAAAAGGAUCAGUUUAUUCAUCAUCUAUCAAGUAAACUACAAAAAUUGGAAUUCAAUGGAAAACAAGUGAUUGUACUUUUGAAUGACUGUAUGAAUACUGACGAUAAAGUAGACUUGACUUCAACAUUAUCUUUAUGUCUCAGUUAUUUACGAAACACAAACAAUACAAACAACAACAACAGCAGCAACAACAACAACAAUAACAAUCAUGUUAAACGUAUUAGUAUUGAUGAUGAACUAGAGGAAGGUGAAUUAGAACGUAGACAAGCUGCAACUAAUCAAUGGAAACAACAACAACCUACUCGAUCACUCUCUUCUACUACUUGGCAACCAGUAAACUUGAUGGAUGGUCUUGAUUCUUCUUCACAUGGAAAUAGUCUGGAUGAUUCCGAUUCGUCACGUGUGGAGACCGACUCUUCCAUCACAAACAAUACUAUGCAUGCAUCUCAUGAUCAUUGUGCCAAUUGCAAACAACUCUUGACUCAACUUGAUCAACAAAUUGAACAAAAGGCUUAUUUGAAACGUGACCUUGGCGCUCUGGCAUCUGCUUUGGCUGAAGAAGAACAAGUACGUGAAUCAGUGGAACAAUCUCGUUUAGAUUUGAUCGAAGAUAUUCAAGACAUUACUUCUUCGUUAUUUGAUACUUUGAAUCAAGUUUUGAUGGAUGAUGUGACAGAUAGGGAAGGUCUCUUACGAUUGAAUCGGGAUCUGGAUGGUGCUUUGAUAAAUGUUCUUCAAUCUUGGGAUAUACGUGAUCAACGACUCAAACAAAUCAAGGAUCUCCUGGUGGAUUUGGAUGCUUCAGCACAUCAAUCAACAACCAUUGAUCGUUCUCUUUCUCUUGGACAUGAUGAAUCUAGUACUAUUCCCUCCCUAUAUCAAUCUCAACAUUCUAGAACUAUGUCUUCCACUUUAUCAACCUUGGAUGAAUCUCUCUUUAUUGGUACUUCUUAUGACAAGUCAACUGUUCGCCUAGAUGGUGUGAAUUUCCGUGAGUUCCAAGAUCAUUUGAAAGCUCUGAAAUCCAACAAGAAUAAAAAUAGCAAAGUGAUAUUACCAUCCACUACUUUUAUGAAACGUGUACUUGCAGAAGAUGUGGAGCCUUGUUUAUUCCAAAACAAUGGAAAUUCUUGGUGGAAAUCUCCUUGGUUCAAACGCAAGUUAUUGGAUGCCAUUGCCAACAAUAAAUGUGAAAUUCAACAUGCUGUACGUCCUCUUCUUCAAGGUACUGGAAUUACAACAACAACAACGACAACAACAACACUUUCAUCAUCAUCCAUUUCAUCUUCAUCUACUACAUCACCCAGUAUCGCAUCUUCUGAUAUUCCCAUGCCACCCAAAACUAAAUGUACUUGCUGCGGAUUAUUACGAGUAUGUGAAUUCAAAAUGCGACUUCAUCAUCCUUCGACUACAAAUCUAGCGACUAAACAACAACAACAACAACAACCUUGGUUACCCAUAGAUCGAUUCUGUAGAGAUAGGUUGGUGGCAGUUUGUGAUUUCUAUGGAUUUGUAUCUCAUCUUCCUCAAGCAGUGACUCAAAAUACCCCUGUGUUGGUCAUGUUUAAACAAUCCUUGGUAUUCCGGCGAAAAAUGGCCAUGGCUAAAGUUGGUAGUAUUGGAUUAUUUACAAGUGGGGAUCUCUAUGGGAUGGAAGUAACUUCACCUGGGUUACGUACGGUACGACGACGUGCAAGUGGUUCAGUCAAACGACAAUCUCGAUCAUCCAAACGGGAAAGCAUUGUAUUGGAUCAUUCCGGAAAUGCAAGUGAUACUGGUAGUGUGGUUAGUCUUAGUGAUAUUCAAGGCUUGGAUGGUACAAGUCAAAUCGUCAUAGUCCAUUGAUCUUGGUUUAUUUUUACUUAUUGUUUAUCUCCUUUUAUAUCCUGUGUAUACCCUAUCCUUUUUAUUUAGUCCCUUUAUCUUACUUGAUAAUCAACCUUUUGUAGAAUAAAAGCUCUUUUUUUUCAAUCUCCCUUC